AAUUCUCAAACUCGCAAGAACCCUAGACCUCUCUUUCUCUCAAAUUUUCACCCAAAUUUCUGAGAAAAUGAAGGUUGUCGGAGCAAAUGUUCAUUUCCAGAAGUUAGAGGCCAAGUGCUCUUCAUCGACAUUCUUUCAAAGCUAUAUGGAGAUGAUGGGCGCUCAAGAACUCUCCGAAUUUCUUCAAAUGGAGAUUCGCCUCAAAUUCGAGGAAGAAGUUCUUGAAUUCUACAGGAAUGGAGAAGUCAAGACUGCUCAUUCAAAGAAGGACCCACAGAGGACGUUUCCAGUCAUCAAGUCCACUGUAGGGGGUACAAAGGUGAAGCUUUGGCAGAAGAAAUUGGGAGAAAAGCUUCGCCUUCCCAAUUCUGGAGUUGAAGUUGGAAAACUUCCAGUCAAAAAUCUGGACUGGAACAUCAUUGGAAUCUCUGGGCAAAUUCCUUCUAGCCCAGCGAAGAAAGCAGAUCUAAACAACGAUUACAAGUUGAUUUUGGAAUUGGUCAUCGCUUGCCUCGAAUGUGGAAGUGGAGGUCACGCCGAUGACAUCACCCAAGAGAGAGCCUUCAUCAUCAACGCUCUCAUUACCAAAACUAAGGUAAACUGGGCUGCACACUUUUUCAAUUCCAUCUCAAAGCAUUUGGGAAAGCCCAACCAGAAAUAUCUCUGUCAAGGACUAUACCUUGGACAUAUUUUGGAGUCUAUGGGUAUUGCUUCUGAAGGAAAGAAGUAUGGAGAAAGAUACUGGUUAUACUAUCUGUCUUCAAAAGGGGAAAACAGAGCUGGUACUAGUGCCACUGCAGAAGAAAGCUCUUCAGACAAUGUCCUGCUCAUCCAUAUGGCAAAGACUGCCAAAAGAAAGCAAGUGGUGUCUCCCUUCAUUAGUAUUGAAGCACCACAGAACCUUGCCUUGGCAUGUUUGGAAGAAGAAGAAGAAGUCUCUGACCAUGGAGAACUUCAAAGGAAGAAAAAGAGAAAGAUCAACUCUCCAUCAACAUCUGGAAAUGUCAAUCCGGAUGAGUUGAAGGAGAAGGAAACUGCUGAGGAAACCUCUAUGGCAGAAGUGGAGGUCUCUCAAACUCCAAUAGCCAUCUUUGAAGAACCAAAUGAAGCUGAAGAUAGUGACUCCCUCUCCAGAUACAUAUCAAAUUUUGCACUUGAUGAAGCUGAAGGAGAAUCUGAGAGGACACUAAAGGUCACUGAUGAAGAAGAUGUACAAGAAGAUGCUGAAUCUCUUCCUUUGCAACUCUUCCAAAGGACAUCAUCUUGUUGGAACACGGGUUUACGCCUUCGUCGUACUAAACUGUGUUCGUUUAUGACAGACAUCGCUGUUGAGCCAAGGUUGGAUUUCCAGAGACUUCUGGAACAGCGAUGUAGGCUCCCCUACAGCGCUGUCCAACCUAAGCCUAAAAUACAGUGCAUUGGCACAAAGUUUUUAGACAGCGAUGUUGACCCAGCAACAGCGCUGUCAGGCCAAACGUCCAUCUUCAAGAGUCAGACCUAAACAGCGAUGUUCAAGCUAUAGACAUCGAUGUAGGGACCUGACCGUUGGAAGGAAUUUAAGGCUAAAACUUUCCUUGUUUGGAAGUCAACAGCCAAAACAGCGAUGUAGGGUUUUUUGGACAUCGCUGUUGGCAUGACCGUUGCUUCCCAAUUUUUAAAAAACCAAGCCUAGAACAGCGAUGUCCAGGCCUAGGACAGCGCUGUCUAGGUGAUUUUCAGCAGAUCCAAUUUUAAUCAAAUCCCACAAAUUGUGCCAAUCACCCCUUAAAUGUUUUGGUCCGUUGGAGCCUACUUUUCCACUAUAAAAUGGGGUGUUUGGG